UUCAGUCAUAUGUUCACAAAUUGUUGAGUUAUUUGAGAUUCAAUUGAAAUUACAAUUUAAUUAUCACUCAUUUGUGACCAACUCUUGAAAUGGCAAUCGGCGAACCCAUUGUCGACGCGAAGACCAACACAACGGCCACAACGACGUCAACGCCGGCGCCGAAGACUGGCCUUCAGUUCCCAAUCACUCGUUACGCGAAUCUGAUUGUUAUGCCAAUCAAUGAUCAGAUCAUUGAAUUGCAAACCAUUAUUAGAGACAAGACCACAACAAGGAGUGACUUUGUCUUCUACGCCGACCGACUCAUCCGUCUUGUGGUGGAGGAAGGCUUGAAUCAGUUGCCAUCUAAAGACAUGGACGUACGGACACCGACUGACGCCAUAUACCACGGCCUCCAGUACUUGAAACGGUCCGUCUGUGGCGUUAGUAUUGUCCGCAGCGGCGAAGCCAUGGAGAAGGGUCUGCGAGACUGCUGUCAGUCGAUCAGAAUCGGCAAAAUACUGGUCCAAUCGGAUGAAGUGACACACGAGGCGCGGGUGGUGUACGCGAAGUUCCCUGAAGACAUACAGGAGCGCAAAGUGCUGCUCAUGUAUCCCAUUAUGAGCACCGGAAACACUGUGGUUAAGGCCGUCAAAGUGCUUAUGGAUCACGGCGUCAGACCCACGAGUAUUAUAUUGUUGAACCUCUUUUGUACACCAAAUGCGGUCGCAUCGGUGGCCAAGACGUUCCCAUUGAUGACUAUAUUGACCUCUGAAGUGAAUCCCGUGGCACCCAAUCAUUUUGGACAGAACGGCAAAAGUGCUAUAUUGACGGGCAUUGUGUUAGGUCUGGGCGGUCGGGCGUCGACCACAUCCCGCGGCAAAGGUGUGGCCUCUUUCAUAAAGUCGGGCCAAACGCAGGCAAAGAUCAUACUUAAGAUCUGCAACUGGAAUGAGUGGUCGACCGGCAAACAGGGUUUCGAUGUGAAAACGUACGGCAAGUCUAUACUAAUCGAGCGCACAAUCAACGCUUCCGGAUCUUCCACUUAUAAGAUCAAGACUUCCGACGGGAAAACAGUGGCCGACCGGAGGGACGCGUUGGACGACAUUAUACGCCACUUCAACAUACAGGUGGAUAACCCGAUCUGUGUCCUCAAUCAGGAGGUGUCGCGCAAUUUCCUCAACACGAAGAACGCGAGAGAUAAGUACCAGUUCUUCAUGAAAGCCACGCUUCUGGAGGACAUGAAGAAUGAUUACGCGUCGAGUGAAACCGAUAGGAGUAUAUCGACUAAGAUAUUGGACCAGAAGGGGAAGGUAUUGCCGGACACUACGCGCGAUCUGAAAGAGUUGGAGCGAAAGGUCCGUAUGUUUAAUGAGUUGGAGAACCAUAAGGAGAAGUUCACGCAUUUGAAUAAUGAGGCGCUUUGGGCGCUGGUCUACGAGCAGAAGAAUAAGUUGGAGGCCGUGAGGGCACAGAUCGCCAAAUUUGAGAAACGAUUGGCCACAGAGUCGGCCAAAUGUGAGGCCGAAAAGGAGACAAUCGCUGUGUUGGAGGCGAAGAAAACGGAGACAAUGGGUCGACUGAAUCAGUUGAUCGAUGACGUGAAUCGCGCGAAGGACACCGUCGAGGAAUACAGGGCUAAAAGGGAUGAAAUCAAGGAUAAGAUGCGCAAUAAAGAGCGUGACGACAGAGGAGUUCGUACGGAGAUAAUGGCCACGAAGAACGAUAUGAAGGCUAUUGAGCAACGAAUCAAAGGACUGGAACAACAAUUUAGUAAUGAGAGUCAUAACCGACGAAAGGAAGAGAUUUUCCAAUUAAGGACAGAAAUUGAAAAACUAAGAGCAGAAGAGCAGUCACUACUCGAACGGUACGAACAAUUGGAUCAAUCGGUGCGAGAAUUGGGCGAAAGCGGUGUCCGAAUAUAUCAAGAACGGAAUCAAUUGAAAAGUACAAUUGAUGGCAAACAGUAUGACAUUCAACGACUCAAUCAGAGUCGUGUGGAUCAGCUGAAGAAGUUUGGACCCAAAUAUCCGGAAUUAGUCAAACGUAUAGACGAGGCGUUCCGGAAGAAGGUGUUUAAGAAGAAGCCGUUGGGACCCAUUGGGAAUCACAUUAAACUGAAGGACUACUCGUGCGCUCUGGCCGUCGAACUGGCCAUCAAAAACGUGAUAUACGCCUUCUGUUGCGAUAAUAUGCAGGACAAGAGAGAAUUGGAUAAAAUAAUUCAACAGGUGUUUGGUAGUGGCGGUCAACGCACGCCAUCCAUCAUUACCCGUCCCUUCACUGCUCUCCACGACGUGAGCAGAGGUCGGGUCCGAUGCGACGAAUACAAGAGUUUGUUGGACUUAAUGGACAUCAAAGAGUCGGCCAUUACUAACUGUCUCAUAGACCAGUGCCGUAUCGAACAAAUACUAUUCAUUCCCGAUUAUAAGAAGGCCGAAGAGCUACUAAUGGUCACCAAUUCGGUGCCCAACUGUCAUCAAGCGUUCACACAAGAGGGUUGUGUAAUGCAUCCGCAAACGCAAAAUUCGGACUACAAAUCGUACGCCAAUCACAAGAGAAGGAGCGCUAGUAUUUUGAUGCAAAGUGUGGACCAAAUGGUGGAUCUGUUGAACCAAGAAGUGGUGACACUUAACGAACAAUACCGAGUCUCCGAACAGACAUAUCAAAGUCAUCGCCAAGAGUUGGACGGCAAACGAAAAGAGAUACAGGCGUUGGACUCGCGUAAGAAGCAGUGCCGCACUGACACCAUUCGCAAGGAUACUAAACUGAAAGAACUGGAAUCGAUUGGAGACUCGCCGCCCGUCGAGAUAUCCACUCUGGAGGAAGAGCACCAGACGUACGGCUCGCGAAUGACUGAACUUCACGAACAGCUCAAAGUGAUUGCCGAUGAGAAGCAAGCGAUGAACGAUGAAUACAUGGAAGCGGACGCACAGCUGACCGCACGAAAGACCGAAUACGAUAAGCUGUUGGACUCCAGGCAGCCCUGGAAAGCGAGUUUAGAGCAAAUCAAAACCGAUUUAUCGAAUCACGGAUUAGUGUCCGCCGAUUGCCAGAAGAAGAUGAAAGAGACGGAAGCGCUCAAAGCCGAAGAGGGCAACAAAGCGGCCGCCUUUGAGACGGAAUACCAGACCGAUUUGGAUCGGGCGAAGGCCGAGACGGGACUCGAAGUGCUGGAGACGCGGCGCUCGUCGCGAGCGGUGAUCAACGAAAUCAAACAAAUGGAGAAGUUUUUGAACGAACAGGAAAACAGUAUCGGAGAUAAGGACAACAUAUUCAAGAAGUACACCGAACUGAUGGCCCAUUUCAAGCGCGUCAAAGGCGAGGUGUCGGCCCUCGAGCGCCAUCUCAAGCGCAUGAAGGACUCGCUCGACCUGAGACGCCGCGGUUACGUAGAGCUCCGCAACUUCUACUCACUUAUGACCAAAUUCUUCUUUAUGGAUGUGUUGAGACAUAAGGGGUUCAGCGGUUCCCUCGAGAUAUACCACUCGCAGAAGGAGGUGAACGGCGAGUUGAAGAAGGGUAAGACCCUCGAGAUCAAAGUGAAUCCCAAGGCUAUGGCCAACAACGAGAGUCAGGGCAGUCAAGGGCUUCCAUCGAGCACUCAGAUGUCGGCCGCCGGUUCCUAUAGCGACACCCGAUCCCUGUCUGGUGGCGAGCGAUCGUACUCUACGGUGGCGUUCAUUCUGGCCCUCUGGGAGUCGGCUCAGUCACCCUUCAAGAUCCUCGACGAAGUGGACGUCUUUAUGGAUCUCAUGACCCGUAAGAUAUCGUUGGACACUAUGAUUGAGUUCGCGUCCCAGAAGUCCGGCAAACAGUAUAUAUUUCUGUCGCCACUAAAGCUCCAGAAUCUGCCGAAUCCAGAGCUCAUCAAAGUCUUCCAAAUGCCAGAACCCAAACUUGCUGACGAGAAGCGCAUCCAUAUAUCGAGUCAAUCCGUGGCCGACAAACAAUUAAGUGGAGGUCCGGCGGCCGCCGGUCACCAGUUAUGGCAUCGCCGCUAUUCAACCAUAUCUAACGACACGCCGGACAACGAGCGGCCAAAAGUGGGUGCCGUCCAUAUAUUGCGGCAAAUGUUUGGUUAUGUGUGGCCUAAAGAUCGGCCCGAUUUGCGUAAACGGGUUAUACUAUCGAUGGGUCUGUUAGUCGUGGCAAAGGUCAUAAACGUUGAGGUGCCCUUUAUAUUCAAACACGGUGUCGACCAUUUGAACGCCAACGCCGGCAAUGUGUUGGCGUUGACCGACCCGUCCAGCACUGUCCUCACUGUGGCCGCCGCUCUCAUGAUAAGCUAUGGCAUGGCUCGGGCCGGUUCAUCGUUGUUCAAUGAGCUCCGGAAUGCGGUGUUCGCCAAAGUGGCGCACGACUCCAUACGGCGAGUGGCCGGCAAUGUGUUCACGCAUUUGCAUCGAAUGGAUCUUAACUUUCAUUUGAAUAGACAGACGGGCGCUCUCUCCAAGGCUAUCGAUAGGGGAACGCGUGGUAUCAAUUUUGUGUUGAGCGCAUUGGUGUUCAAUGUGGUGCCGACGUUCUUCGAGGUGGCGCUCGUCAGUAGUAUUAUGUACUAUAAGUUUGGCGGACAGUUCGCGGGCAUAACGCUGGGCUGUAUCGGCGCUUACACUCUAUUCACGCUCGGCAUCACUAAAUGGAGGACCAAAUUCCGGGUUCACAUGAAUAAAGCGGAGAACGAGUCGGGAAAUCUGGCCAUAGAUUCGCUCAUUAACUACGAGACCGUCAAAUACUUUAACAACGAGUCGUACGAAGCGAUGAAAUACGAUUCGCAGCUCAAGAAGUAUACCGACGCUUCACUCAAGACCACAACCAGUUUAGCGUUUCUCAACUUUGGCCAAAACGCCAUUUUUAGUGCCUCUUUGGCGGCGAUUAUGGUGCUGUCGGCCAAAGGCAUUGUCGCCGGGACUAUGACUGUCGGUGACUUAGUUAUGGUCAAUGGUCUGCUCUUUCAAUUAUCACUGCCAUUAAACUUCUUGGGAUCUGUUUAUAGAGAAAUUAGACAAUCGUUGCUUGAUAUGCAGAUUAUGUUUAAUCUGUUAAGCAUUGAGACAACUGUUAAGGAGAAGCCCAACGCACCCGCACUCAUACUCACUCACAAAGAGGCGACCGUUAAGUUUGAAAACGUGUACUUCGAGUACGUGAAGAAUCAGCCAAUUCUCCAAAACCUAUCGUUUGAAGUGCCGGCCGGCAAAUGGAUAGCACUGGUCGGCAGCAGUGGUUCCGGCAAAUCGACAAUCGUUCGCCUUCUCUACCGAUUCUUUGACCCACAAAGCGGUCGGAUAUUGAUUAACGGCAAAGACAUUCGCGACUACAGUUUGGAUAGCCUUCGGAAGCAGAUAGCGAUCGUACCGCAGGACACAGUGCUCUUCAAUAAUACCAUUAAACACAAUAUAAAUUACGGCGAUUUGACUAAGAAUGAGGAACAGGUUCUGCACGUGUCAGAGAUGGCAGAGCUUCACGACUCGAUACAGCGCUGGCCCGACAAGUAUGAGACGCGUGUCGGCGAACGCGGCCUUAAAUUGAGUGGCGGUGAGAAACAACGGGUGGCCAUCGCUCGGGCCGUACUUAAGGACAGCCCAAUCCUCGUGUUUGAUGAGGCGACCUCUUCGCUCGACUCCAUCACCGAAUACAAAAUAAUGAAUGCAUUGCAAAGAGCGACACAAAAUCGGACGGCAAUCGGAAUCGCCCACCGAUUGUCAACUGUGGUGAACGCCGAUAGCAUCUACGUGUUGUCCGACGGCCACGUCGUGGACAGCGGUAACCAUUACAGUCUCGUCGCCAACAAAAAGGGUCUUUACGCCACUCUUUGGGCAAAACAGCACGAAAUCGAUCGCGAAUUACAGGCAAAACAAUUACAGGAGGCGAAGGAGUUAUUAUAGGAUAC